AGACAUUCCCAAAACAGUCGGGCAGCACUUCCUGAGGGAUUAUAGGUGAUCGUUCUUUCCGGUGGACGCACAGUGUUACUGAAUCUCCGGCUUAUGCACGAAUUUGUGGGGGUAAAAAAUGCAGAACAAUUACUUAAAGAGGACCGGAUCAAAAACCGCAGUGGCAGCAAUACUACGCAAGUCGUGGUAUCACUUGAGGCUGUCGGUGCGCCACCCCGCUAGGGUCCCGACGUGGGACGCCAUCGUUCUCACUGCCUCUAGCCCCGAACAAGCCCAGCUCUAUGAGUGGCAGCUCAACCGGGCCAAGCGCAUAGGUCGCAUUUCCCCAUCCACCGUUACUUUAGCCGUUCCCGAUCCCCUAGGCUGUCGCAUUGGCUCUGGCGCCGCAACUCUCCAUGCCAUUUUAGCCCUCGCCAAUCAUUACCGGCUGGUGGUAUACUUAUAAUGACUGGGGAUGUUCUUCCUUGUUUUGAUGCAUCCAAUCUGGUUCUGCCCGAGGAUGCAUCUUGCGUUGUCACAGUUCCUAUCACUGUAGAUAUUGCUUCCAACCACGGUGUUAUUGUAGCAUCACAAUCUAGGAUUCUUGAUGAGAAAUUUUCUGUUGACCUAGUGGAGAAUUUGCUUCAGAAACCCUGUGUAGAAGAGCUGAUCAAACAUCAGGCUAUUCUUGAAGAUGGAAGGACACUGCUUGACACAGGAAUAAUUGCAGUCAGAGGGAAAGCGUGGGUGGAUCUUUCAACCCUUGCCUGUUCCUGUGAACCAAUGAUUUCAGAACUUAUGGAAAGUAAAAAAGAGAUGAGCUUGUAUGAAGACCUUGUAGCAGCUUGGGUACCCGCAAAGCAUGAUUGGUUACGACUACGUGUUUUGGGUAGUGAACUUGUUGACAAAUUGGGGAAGCACAAGGUGUUCAGCUACUGUGCUUAUUUGCUGUACACCAGGAUGUCGUCAAAGAAAACCAGUGUGAACUUCCUGAGAAAUGGUCUUAAUACUUGGUUCAUCAAUGCUUGAAAUGUAGAUGGAGCAUUUGUGAGACCAAAGGGCAUUACCAGGUAUUUGUAAUGCCCUUCAUGUGUCCGGAACGCUGUUUUCUGCCUAUCUUCUUCUCUCAUUCUUACUUGAUGAUAACCAGACUUCAGGUCAAGUUUAGAAAAGAUAACUGCCCCUCCUAACUCAUCCAAUAGCUCUUCUAUGAUGGGUAUAGGGAAUUUAUCAGGUACUGUGAUCCUGUUUAAGGCCCGAUAGUCACCACAGAAGCGCCAUCCUCCAUCUUUCUUCCUUGCUAGCAGUAUAGGGCUACUGUAGGGGCUGUUACUGGGCUGGAUUAUUCCCUCACUCAACAUUUCCUUAAUUAUUCUCUCAAUCUCAGUUUUCUGGUACUGAGGGUAUCGAUAGGGUCUAAUAUUUGGUAUACUUGCUCCUUCCUUAAUGUGGAUAGCAUGAUCACAGGCUCUUUUUGGAGGUAAUUUCUUCAUUGGCUUUGAAACUUCUGGAAAUUCCUGCAGAAUUUUCUCCCAGAUAACUUCAUCCUCUUUUUCCUUUGUCUGUUCCCUAGUCUGCCCUUCACAAUACACUAAGAACCCAUCCCCUGCAUCUUGUAUGAUACUUGCCAAGGUUUUCAAAGAAACUUCAAAAGAAUUGAGUUGUGGAUCUCCUUGAAUUUUCUGUAUUUUCCCAUCCUCCUUCCAUUUAAUUAUUUGCUUCUGAAAGUUGACUUCAACAUCACCGAGGCUCGCCAACCAUUCCAUUCCAAGGACCAUAUCAGUCCCCCCCAGUUCCAGGAUGUAAAAAUCCUGCUGAAUUUCAGUAUCUUGUAAGCACAAUCUGAUUUUCUCACAUCUGCCAUUAUUCAUCAAUUUAUCCCCGUUGCCAAUUUGCACUUUGUAGCUGGUAAUGGUUUUGUAUGGUAUUUUAAGUAGAUCCACCACCCUCUGAGCUAUGAAGUUAUGUGUAGCUCCACUAUCUAUUAACACCUCCACUGUUGCUUCUUCCUGGAGCCCGGGGAUGCUGCCUCUAACUUUGAAGGCCCUCAUGGAGGGGAUGCCCUCUCUACUCAUCAAUGAUAGUUGCAGUGAUUUGGAUUCCAUGAUGAUCUCUUCCUCAGAUGAUCUCUUUUUUUUGCACUUUGGCACCUCAAGUGAAGUUUUGGAGCAUAUGACCGAAACCUGUUCGGAACUGGUUGGUCGAAGGCAUCUUUGUUCCAUUCCAGCAACCACUGCAUCUGACAUUGCAUCCUCGGCUAUCAUUCUGUCAAGUAAAAUAGAACCAGGAGUCUCAAUCGGAGAGGACUCUCUCAUAUACAAUUCCUCCAUCUCAGGUGCUAUACGGAUUGGCUCUCAAUCCAUAGUUGUGGGUCUUAAUGUGCAAAUGUCUGGAAACAGAACCUCACAAGAACAGUUCACCUUUAUGCUUCCAGACCGUCAUUGCCUCUGGGAAGUUCCUCUUGUAGUAAACAAAGAAAGGGUAAUUGUGUACUGUGGGCUCCAUGAUAACCCUAAGAUUCUGUUGUCCAAGGAUGGAACCUUCUGUGGGAAACCAUGGAGGAAGAUUUUAGAUGACUCAGGAAUUCAAGAGACUGAUCUGUGGAGCUCAGAUGAAAAAUGCCUGUGGAGCGCUAAAUUGUUUCCUGUUAUUCCGUACUUUGAUAUGCUCCGUUUGGCAAAAUGGAUAAUGGGAUUGGGAAAUCUCAAGAGUGAAGCUGCUUUUUAUUAUUCCUUGUGGAAAAAGUCACAUCGAUUGAGUUUAGAAGAGUUGCAUAGAUCAAUAGAUUUUCUACAUAUGUGUUCAAAAUUGAGUAUUCAUCAAGCAGAUAUAGUUACUGGGAUUGUUAAAUCGUGCAUUGAUUUCGGAUUGCUUGGGAGGAAUUUAUAUCAGUUGUGUGAAGAAAUAGUUCAUACGGAUGAAGCUUCUGGAGUUGAGAUUUGUGAAGGAUUUCUCAAGAUGUGCCCUAAAAUUCACGCUGAACAUUCUCAACUCCUCCUACCUAGAAGCAGAGCAUAUCAGGUGAAUGUUGAUCUCCUCAAAGUAUGUGGUAAAGAGAAAAUGGCAUUUGAGUUGGAGCAUAGUGUGUGCCGCGGUUGCUGAAGAAACUGCAGCGGCUGCAAAGUAUGGAUCUGAAGAUUCAGAAAACAUAUUGGGAUGCAUUAUGAAGGAUAGUAACCUGUCCAGGAAGGUGAAGAUCGAACUACCAGUUCGAGUGGAUUUCGUAGGUGGGUGGAGUGACACCCCACCUUGGAGUCUAGAACGUGCUGGAUGUGUGUUGAAUAUGGCGAUAACAUUGGGAAGUUCUUGUCUUCCCAUUGGUACGACUAUUGAGACAAGAAAGGAGACUGGAGUUGUCAUCAGGGAUGACAUUGGAAACUUCUUACAUAUCAAUGAUCUCUCCACCAUUUCACCUCCAUUUGAAAGUGGCGAUCCAUUCCGCCUUGUGAAAUGCGCAUUGCUGGUUACCGGAAUCGUUAAGCAUAAGGACCUUGGCUUGGAAAUCAGAACGUGGUCCCAUGUCCCGCGUGGCAGUGGUUUGGGGACUUCCAGCAUCUUAGCAGCAGCAGUUGUGAAAGCGAUUUUGCAAUUGAGCAGUGGAGAUGAGAGUAACAAAAAUGUGACAAGGCUCGUUUUGGUAUUGGAACAAAUAAUGGGGACGGGAGGUGGAUGGCAGGACCAGAUCGGAGGGCUUUAUCCCGGGAUAAAGUUCACCACAAGCUUUCCUGGCACCCCUUUGCGUCUUCAAGUCAUUCCCCUCUUGACUUCUCCUCAGGUUGUAGAAGAGUUGCAACAACGGCUCCUUGUUGUGUUCACAGGACAAGUCCGACUCGCUCAUCAAGUCCUACAGAAGGUGGUUACCCGUUACCUCCAGCGGGACAAUCUUCUUAUAUCGAGCAUCAAGCGACUCACGGAACUGGCAAAGGCAGGAAGAGAAGAACUAAUGAGCGGCAACAUUGACAAGCUAGGGGAGAUAAUGGCAGAGGCUUGGAGGUUGCAUCAAGAACUUGAUCCCUUUUGCAGCAACAAGUACGUCGACAAUCUCUUUGCAUUCUGUGACCCCUUCUGCUGUGGGUACAAGCUUGUGGGUGCGGGUGGUGGGGGUUUCGCUUUACUCUUAGCUAAAACCCGUGAAUCUGCUGACGAGAUGAGACGUUUGCUAGUGCCGGUCUCUGGUUUUCAUGUCCAUAUAUACAAUUGGGAAAUCUUUAUGCAAAAUUAGCUUCUUUUGUAUUUACUUUAAGAUGAUGCUUUCUGCAUACUAGACUAGUUUGUAAUCUUAUACAGAAUAAUAUUCUAGUAUAAGUAUUCACUUCCAUUUA